GGCUGCGACGAUUGUGCGCUCUUAACUAAUCCUGAGUAAGGUGGCCACUUUGACAGUCUUCUCAUGCUGCCUCUGGCACCUUCUCGGUCAGAAGACAUCACUUCAACUCUAACACAGCAUGAUCGAAACAUACAGCCAACCUUCUCCUCGCUCUGUGACCACUGGACCACCCGUCAGUAUGAAAAUUUUUAUGUAUUUACUUACAGUUUUUCUUAUCACCCAGAUGAUUGGGUCAGCACUGUUUGCUGUGUAUCUUCACAGAAGACUGGACAAGAUAGAAGAUGAAAGGAAUCUUCAUGAAGAUUUUGUGUUCAUGAAAACGAUACAGAGAUGCAACAAAGGAGAGGGGUCCUUAUCUUUACUGAAUUGUGAGGAAAUUAGAAGCCAGUUUGAAGACCUGGUCAAGGAUAUAAUGCAAAGCAAAGAAGUGAAGAAGAAAGAAAAUAACUUUGAAAUGCACAAAGGUGAUCAGGAGCCUCAAAUCGCGGCCCACGUCAUCAGUGAGGCCAACAGUAAAACAGCAUCUGUUCUACAGUGGGCCCCCAAAGGAUACUACACCCUCAGCAGCAACUUGGUCACCCUGGAAAACGGGAAACAACUGGCCGUUAAAAGACAAGGACUCUACUACAUCUACGCCCAAGUCACCUUCUGCUCCAAUCGAGAAGCUUUGAAUCAAGCGCCUUUCAUAGCCAGCCUCUGCCUGAGGUCCACAAGCGGAUCGGAGAGAAUCUUACUGAGAGCCGCAAACACCCACAGUUCCUCCAAACCUUGCGGGCAGCAAUCCAUGCACUUGGGAGGAGUCUUCGAAUUGCAAGCCGGUGCUUCGGUGUUUGUCAACGUGACUGAUCCGAGCCAAGUGAGCCACGGGACUGGCUUCACGUCUUUCGGCUUACUCAAACUCUGACCGGUGUAAGCUGGCAGGCUGCGGCUGGGCUGAUGCUGGCAGCCUUCACCA